GCUCUGAUUAAACAAAUGCAAGAUAGUGACGAAGUUUUGUGUAGUUCGACCAGUGAAGAUGAGACUAGAUCCACAUCUUCAUCAGGGACAUUAGACAGCGAUGCUAAUGACCAUCUCAGCCAUGAAAAACAAAAAACUUUGAGGCAACCAUCAUUCUACCCACAGAUGCCGGUCAGCAAUCCAAAUUCGGGUAAUCAAACUGGACAAGGACAGAGAACUACUUUCAGGCCUCCAUGGGUGAAGGAAGGACCAACCCCGCUUCCUAUGCCGAGUGCACCAUGGACCAAAUCUAGAGAAGCUGAUAGCUCCGACUCUAGAAAUGGAGAGUCAUCUGCUCAACCAAGGCGGCAGAGCAAAAUCACAAUAAUACCUUCAAAUCCUGCAGUGAAAGAGAAUGGGACAGUUACCCAAGCUGCACCAAUAGGCCAGCAGAGUAAAGAAGUAAGGGUCCCAAGAAAAAGCGUACCUGAAAAGGUUGUUCCAAUCACCAUAGAGACGAAAUCUGUGAAGAAAGAGCCUGAAGCAACAGUUGCCCCAUCUGUCAUAAGAAAGGAGUCUACAAUGGAGAAUAAUUCUCCCCCUCUUCCACCUCCACCUCCUCCACCUCCUCCCAUGCCACCCUCAGCCAAUAGGAAACCUCCAGCAGCCAAGUCUCUAAAAUGUUUAAUGACCCAAGCUGCACCAAUAGGCCAGCAGAGUAAAGAAGUAAGGGUCCCAAGAAAAAGCGUACCUGAAAAGGUUGUUCCAAUCACCAUAGAGACGAAAUCUGUGAAGAAAGAGCCUGAAGCAACAGUUGCCCCAUCUGUCAUAAGAAAGGAGUCUACAAUGGAGAAUAAUUCUCCCCCUCUUCCACCUCCACCUCCUCCACCUCCUCCCAUGCCACCCUCAGCCAAUAGGAAACCUCCAGCAGCUGAAGAUACAGAUGAUGAAAGUGGAAGUUCAGACAGUUCAGAUUCAGAAUCGGAAAGCACGGAGACUGAGAGCAUCACUGAUACGGAUACGGAUACAGACUGUACUACCACUGAUACGGAUACGGAUACUGACUGUACUACCACUGAUGUAGAAAUUCAGGAGAUAAUAAAUGACGAAGAUGAUGACGUUGCAUCAAUGUCGAUUUAUGGAGACGAGAUAAUUGCUUUCCCUGAAGAAAUUGAACCGAUUUAUGUGAAAGGGGAAAUAAUUAUUCCUCAAGAAGAGGCAGGGAGAGCGUAUGAAUUUAACAAAAAUAAUUCGAAUAAAAAAGACAAAAAGCCGAUUUCAAAAGAGAAGGCAGCUAAGCUAGAAGCUCUGAGAGCGAGACCCAGGAGACGUCCUGACUGGACAGAUAUGAUGAAGGAAGUGGAGCAGGGAGCCAAAUUGAAACAUGUCCAAUGCAACGAUCGUAGUGCUCCUAUAUUGCCUGAGGCUAAAGCCAAAGGACAGUUCGUUUAUGAAUCAGAAAAGGACAACGCUCACAAUCAACUGCUCAAGCAAAUUCAACUAGGAGUCAGGCUGAAGAAGACCAGGACGAAUGAUAGGAGUAAACCCAUACUCGAUGGCCUCAGAAAAUUCCGCCGUCAAAUGACAAUAGAAGAGCAGAUACAAAAAUCGACCUCAGUAGCUGAUGUGGUUGCUUUGGCCGCUGAGCCGGACGAACUGGAUGACAUUGACAAAGUCCGGGAUGAUCUGCAGUCCGCCAAACAGAUGCUGGCUCUUGAACUCAGAAACAAGGAGGGUCUCGAGAGAGAGAAUAAGCGACUCAUGGCUAGGCUGCUGAACUUGGAGGUUGAACUCGAGAAAGAAAAAUCUACCAAACAUAUUGAUUCUGAGAGGGGAGGUGCUGCGCUCAAAGUUAAAACUGAAGAGGAUGAGGAGCUGGUACAGAAACUGAAAGAAGAAGCAGCCGCGGCUGCAUCAGUAGCCAAAGAGAUGGAAGACAAGUACCAGAAAAUCGCCGAGGAACUGGACACAACACGCGCCAAAUUGGAAUCAGCCUGGCUCAGGAACCAGCAGAUCGAGCUGCAGCUGAAGGCCUACGAGAAGGGAUCACCAGUCACUCAAAUCUCCAAGCAGCCGUCAUCUAAGAAACUGGCCGCAUCUAUGGCUUCCAUCCCCAAUGGACGACCGUCUCUGGUCCCAUCCGAACAGGAGUCCGAAUAUGAGGAGGAAACUGAGGAGUCCGAGUCUGAGGAGGGUAAGUACGGAAACUGUGGUACGGGAAAUCUUUAUUACAAUAUGAGAAGCGUUAACCAGCUACUGUGUAGGACACCAAAGAAACUGAAAGACAUGCUCAAGAAACAACAGAAAAUGGUGCGGGAGGAGAAGAAAAAAUACAAACUUCUGCAAAAGGAAGUUGAUAAAAUGGCGAAGCUCAUGAAAGAUGUAGACGAGGAGGAUCUGGAAGAUGAAGAAGAUGAGAAGGACGUCGAAGAGGAGGAGACAGAAACGGAAAGUGAGAGUGAGGAAAGCGAAGAGGAGGCUGAUGAAAGCGAUGACGAAUGUGUUGAAAGCGCAACACCCGAUGAAAGGAAGAAGAAGUUGACCGAGAAGGCAAAACGCUACGAAAACAGAUUGUCAUCUUUGAAAAAGGGCAACUAUCUACUGAAAGCAAACAUUGAUAGGUUGCAAGAUGAUCUUAAUAGGCAAAAAGAGAUGUCAUUAGCACUCCAGGAGGAUCUGAAUUCUGUUCUGGCUGAAUUAGGUUAGGUUAGGUUAGGUCUGUAACACUGAAUACAGCAAAACUUGUAUCAAAAAUCUCUUCAGAGAAUCUAUCCACAAUAAUUAUUCAUAGACAGUGAAUACGGUAUCUUGAUAAGCGCAAGGAACUCAUUAAUGAGAACUUAUAAUAGGCAACAAAAAAAUUGUUGAGUGAUAAAGUUCGUUUUAUAGAAGUUUUAAUGUAUUUUAUAAGAAUCAAUUUUGUUCGAUCGUACACUAUAUCAGGCCUCUUAUAUAGUUCUAUCAGUCUUGUUCAAUCAACUCAUCUUCCAAUCCUCUUAAAAAAAUUUAUUAAUUUGUAUGAUAAUUUUCGAAAAUUAAUUUUAAAAAAAAGAUAUUAUCUAAUAAUGUAUUCUAAUAGGAAUGUGCAAUAUAUUAUAAAAAUAACUAGUAUCCUUGUAAUAUUUUAAAAAUUAUUUACGUUAAGUUAAAAAUUAUAAUCUAGUCAUGUUUGAAAAAAUAUAACAAGGGUACUAGUUGGGUAUUAUCAAGAGUUGAUUCAACUGUUUAGCAUGAAAAAUUAUUUUGAGGCAUUUUUGGGGAAGGUAGUAGCCUAAUUUGCUUACCCAUUUUAAAACGCUGACUUGGUGUAUGAUAAAUUUUACGCCCAACCUGUUUUUCAUAUAUAUGUCACUCACACAUCACAUAUAUGUACAUUAAUAACCAAAUUAGACAGCCUCCCAUUAUACAUACGUUGCUUAUACUUUUUGGAUAAUGAGUACUCUAGUGAUAUUCUCAAUUUUUCAUCAAUGUAAAAUCGAUAAAAAUAAAACGGACCACGUGUCUUACAGACAGGUUAGUAGAAAGAGUACCUAGUGAUGGGGGACAUUUGAAGGCAGUUAUAGAACUCUUUUCAUAGACUGUACUCAAACUCUUUGGAUAUCUGAUGACGAAGAGGAGUUUGUUUUAGAUAUAGUUUUCAAUCACUCAUGUGACGUUUUAUGGUGUUAUCGAUCACUGUACUCCACAGCUCACUUACACUUUUACAACUAUUACGGUCAUAAUAAUUGUAAAUGUGAAAGUGAGCUGUGAAGCACAUUUAUCGAUAAUUUCAUGGAACGACAACAUAAGCCAUUGAAAAGUAAUAGCUGAAAAACCAAGUUCUACAUUCAUUGUUUCCAAUAAGUAAUGAGUUUAGGGCAAUGAAUGAAGCUCUACAACUGUACUCAAUCUCUUUGGAUAUCUGAUGACGAAGAGGAGUUUGUUUUAGAUGUAGUUUUCAAUCACUCAUGUGACGUUUUAUGGUGUUAUCGAUCACUGUACUCCACAGCUCACUUACACUUUUACAACUAUUACGGUCAUAAUAAUUGUAAAUGUGAAAGUGAACUAUGUAGCUCAGUUAUCGAUAAUUUCAUGGAACGACAACAUGAGUCAUUGAAAAGUAAUAGCUGAAAAACCAAGUUCUACAUUCAUUGUUUUCCAAUAAGUAAUGAGUUUAGGGCAAUGAAUGAAGCUCUACAACUGUACUCAAUCUCUUUGGAUAUCUGAUGACGAAGAGCUUGUUUUAGAUAUAGUUUUCAAUCACUCAUGUGACGUUUUAUGGUGUUAUCGAUCACUGUACUCCACAGCUCACUUACACUUUUACAACUAUUACGGUCAUAAUAAUAGUAAAUGUGAAAGUGAACUAUGUAGCAGAGUAAUCGAUAAUUUCAUGGAACGACAACAUAAGCCAUUGAAAAGUAAUAGCUGAAAAACCAAGUUCUACAUUCAUUGUUUUCCAAUAAGUAAUGAGUUUAGGGCAAUGAAUGAAGCUCUACAACUGUACUCAAUCUCUGUGGAUAUCUGAUGACGAAGAGCUUGUUUUAGAUGUAGUUUUCAAUCACUCAUGUGACGUUUUAUGGUGUUAUCGAUCACUGUACUCCACAGCUCACUUACACUUUUACAACUAUUACGGUCAUAAUAAUUGUAAAUGUGAAAGUGAGCUGUGAAGCACAUUUAUCGAUAAUUUCAUGGAACGACAACAUAAGCCAUUGAAAAGUAAUAGCUGAAAAACCAAGUUCUACAUUCAUUGUUUUCCAAUAAGUAAUGAGUUUAGGGCAAUGAAUGAAGCUCUACAACUGUACUCAAUCUCAUUGGAUAUCUGAUGACGAAGAGGAGUUUGUUUUAGAUGUAGUUUUCAAUCACUCAUGUGACGUUUUAUGGUGUUUUCGAUCACUGUACUCCACAGCUCACUUACACUUUUACAACUAUUACGGUCAUAAUAAUUGUAAAUGUGAAAGUGAGCUGUGAAGCACAUUUAUCGAUAAUUUCAUGGAACGACAACAUAAGCCAUUGAAAAGUAAUAGCUGAAAAACCAAGUUCUACAUUCAUUGUUUCCAAUAAGUAAUGAGUUUAGGGCAAUGAAUGAAGCUCUACAACUGUACUCAAUCUCAUUGGAUAUCUGAUGACGAAGAGCUUGUUUUAGAUAUAGUUUUCAAUCACUCAUGUGACGUUUUAUGGUGUUAUCGAUCACUGUACUCCACAGCUCACUUACACUUUUACAACUAUUACGGUCAUAAUAAUUGUAAAUGUGAAAGUGAACUAUGUAGCUCAGUUAUCGAUAAUUUCAUGGAACGACAACAUGAGUCAUUGAAAAGUAAUAGCUGAAAAACCAAGUUCUACAUUCAUUGUUUUCCAAUAAGUAAUGAGUUUAGGGCAAUGAAUGAAGCUCUACAACUGUACUCAAUCUCAUUGGAUAUCUGAUGACGAAGAGCUUGUUUUAGAUAUAGUUUUCAAUCACUCAUGUGACGUUUUAUGGUGUUAUCGAUCACUGUACUCCACAGCUCACUUACACUUUUACAAUUAUUACGGUCAUAAUAAUUGUAAAUGUGAAAGUGAACUAUGUAGCUCAGUUAUCGAUGAUUUCAUGGAACGACAACAUAAGCCAUUGGAAAUUAAUUGCUGAAAAACCAAGUUCUAUUUUCAUUGUUUUCCAAUGAGUAAUGAGUUUAGAGCAAUGAAUGAAGUUCUACAACUGUACUCAAUCUCAUUGGAUAUCUGAUGACGAAGAGGAGUUUGUUUUAGAUGUAGUUUUCAAUCACUCAUGUGACGUUUUAUGGUGUUUUCGAUCACUGUACUCCACAGCUCACUUACACUUUUACAACUAUUACGGUCAUAAUAAUUGUAAAUGUGAAAGUGAGCUGUGAAGCACAUUUAUCGAUAAUUUCAUGGAACGACAACAUAAGCCAUUGAAAAGUAAUAGCUGAAAAACCAAGUUCUACAUUCAUUGUUUUCCAAUAAGUAAUGAGUUUAGGGCAAUGAAUGAAGCUCUACAACUGUACUCAAUCUCAUUGGAUAUCUGAUGACGAAGAGCUUGUUUUAGAUAUAGUUUUCAAUCACUCAUGUGACGUUUUAUGGUGUUAUCGAUCACUGUACUCCACAGCUCACUUACACUUUUACAAUUAUUACGGUCAUAAUAAUUGUAAAUGUGAAAGUGAACUAUGUAGCUCAGUUAUCGAUGAUUUCAUGGAACGACAACAUAAGCCAUUGGAAAUUAAUUGCUGAAAAACCAAGUUCUAUUUUCAUUGUUUUCCAAUGAGUAAUGAGUUUAGAGCAAUGAAUGAAGUUCUACAACUGCUUCAAUUUUUCUACUAUGCGUAAAAACCGCACUUGUAGUCAGUUUUAUCGAUUUUGUAUUGAUGGAAAUUGAGAAAGUCACUGGAGUAUCACAAAAAAGUCACGAAAAGAUCUACCAAAAAUUGUGCGCCCCAAAUGCCCACAUUUGGGACAUUCGCAGGGGUCAACCAAAAAGUGGCAGUGCAAUGACAAGGCCACGCCCUGGGGGGACCGCCUUCUUGAUCACGGACCCCCACGCCAGGUAAGUAAAUACGAAAUUCAGCACCUAUUAUCCAAAAAUUAUAAGCAACGUAUGUAAAUUUAAUGUAACAAACGUUGCAUUUGAAUGUAGAAUAAAUUCUACAUUCAAAUGUAACGAAUGUUACAUUAAUAAUUAUUGUAUCACCCCACACAUAUGACACACAUACAAAUGUAUGCAAGAAAAAAUAUGCGAGGAACUAAAUAUGUCCUUUGUUAAUGUAACAUACGUUGCAUUUGAAUGUAGAAUAAAUUCUACAUUCAAAUGUAACGAAUGUUACAUUAAUAAUUGAUGUAUCACUCCACAUAUGACACACAUACAAAUGUAUGCAGGAAAAUAUACGUGAGGAACUAAAUAGGUCCUCUGUUAAUGUAUAACAUAUGUACAUUAUGUAACGAAUGUUACAUUAAUAAUUGAUGUAUCACUCCACAUAUGACACACAUACAAAUGUAUACAAGAAAAUAUAUGCGCGGAACAAGAUAGGUCCUUUAUAAAUGUAAAUUAAUUUUUUAAUUAAGCUUGAUUGAUUGUGCAAACUUACCAGAUGAUUGAGUGAUCAUGUUUCGUCUAUUGCUUUCACAUUCACUCUUCAAGGGAGAUUUAUAGAUAACCAAUCAUAGUGUAGAUAGUAAUUUGCCAUCAUCCAAUCCUAUCUCAAAAUCGCUCAACCUUCAAUAACAACGCAUUAAUACACAUUAACAUACACUUAAACCACAUUUGCUUCAUCUGUGAUUAUUUAUUGAGAAAAAUGUUGUAUCAGCUAAGAAUGUUAUUUAUACAAAAUAUUUUAUUACACAAUGUUUUAUUUUUAAUCAAGUGUAUUGUUGAUUUGAAAUACAAUAAUUAUAUUCUAUAAUA